AUGGCAUGCAGAUCUUGUUCACAGUCGGACAGAACCUCAACAGUGCCCUCUAAAGUGUUUGGGGUGGAACUGCGGCAUCUGGUGGAGGAAGAAGGUUCUGCCUCUGCAGUUCCUUUGCUCAUCCAGAAGACCGUGGCCGAGAUCGAACGCAGAGGACUGAAGGUCGUGGGUCUGUACAGACUUUGUGGUUCUGCUGCGGUGAAAAAGGAGCUGAGGGAUUGGUUUGAGAGGAACACGUCAGCCGUCUGUCUCUGUGAGGAUCUCUAUCCUGACGUCAAUGUUCUCACAGGCAUCCUGAAAGACUACCUGCGGGAGCUGCCAUCCCCGCUCAUCACCUCCACUUUGUAUGAGGUGGUCAAGGAAGCCAUGACCCUACGACCCCCACCUGCGAGCCCUGACCUCCACCUAGCCCACAACACGGUAGCACUUCUGUCCUGUCUGCCAGCCCCGGAGAGGGCCACUUUGUCUCACCUGCUGGACCACCUCAGCCUGGUGGCCAACUUUAGCGCGUCCAACAGGAUGACGCCCCAAAACCUGGCUGUCUGCUUUGGCCCGGUGCUCCUUAAGCAGGAGGCCUGGAAGGGAGGGCUGAAGUGUCACGGACAGGACUUGGUGGACUUCAAACUCCACAUUGAGGCCUUGCACUACCUGCUGCAGCUAUGGCCAGUGCCAUCCAAGCAAGUCUCGGCAGACAACAGCCAAGAUGUUCCUCCUCUCACCCUCCUGCAUCCUGUUCCUGAGGACAUGGUGGUGUCACGCCGGGGCCCACGCCUGGACAGUCCACCGCCAAUCAACCGCUACGCUGGCGACUGGAGCGUCUGCGGGCAAGAAGUUGUGUCAGGACAGGACGCUGAUUACGAUGAGGUGGCAGGAAGUGAAAGUGAUGAAGGUGGUGAACGCCAGGAGGAACACGCCGGUUGGUUUCCAACGGGAAGCAGCGCUCUCUUUGUGGAGGACGUCUUGGAUUUUGAUGCUCCGUUUAGCUGCCGACUCAGCCUGAAGGACUUUGACAGUCUUAUUCACGACCUGGACCGAGAGCUCGCCAAGCAGAUCAACAUCUGCCUGUGAGGGGGAGGAACUGCAAGCACUUUUGGGGGAAGGUUGUCCAUCAUACACAAUCCCAAUGAACUCACCUUUUUCUUGUUUAUGCAUUCUAACUUGUUAAUAAACGCUAGCAAGAGUGAGCUAACAAUGGAGGCAAUGAGAUUUGAUCUAUUCCUGCCAUAAAGCACUCUAAAAACAUUCAAAAACUUCCAUCAAGAUGUUAUAUACACGCUGUAAGUAUAUAUGUAAUAACAUUCAUAUGUAAUAUAUACAUGAUGUAAGUAUAUAUGUCAUGUAGUAACAUUCAUAUGUAAUAUAUACAUGAUGUAAGUAUAUAUGUCAUGUAGUAACAUUCAUAAUAACAUGUAAUAUAUACAUGAUGUAAGUAUAUAUGUCAUGUAGUAACAUUCAUAUGUAAUAUAUACAUGAUGUAAGUAUAUAUGUCAUGUAGUAACAUUCAUAAUAACAUGUAAUAUAUACAUGAUGUAAGUAUAUAUGUCAUAUAGUAACAUUCAUAAUAACAUGUAAUAUAUACAUGAUGUAAGUAUAUAUGUCAUGUAGUAACAUUCAUAAUAACAUGUAAUAUAUACAUGAUGUACGUAUAUAUGUCAUGUAGUAACAUUCAUAAUAACAUGUAAUAU